AUGUCGACGCGAAGAAGUUGGAGUUAUCAAACGAGUGGCAGAGAUUACAGUCCAGUCCGUGAGAAUGAAGCACCGGGUCCGCGACGUGAGAGGCUAUAUAGCGAUUAUGCGGAGGAUCGGACGGAAAAGAAGCCGGGAGAAUGGCUUUGGGAGGAAGAAAAACGGCAGUCGGAAGAACGGCGCCGGAGAGAACUGGAGGAGAUAGCCCGGCAGCGAGAACUACGCCAGAGAAGAGAACAGGAGGAGAGAGCACGGCUGAGAGCAAUGGAGAGCCAACAAUGGGAAAGGGAGAGGGGAGGGGAGAGGAUUCAAGAUCUCGGGCUGGAUGAUGUUUAUAAUGAUCACAGAUACGGGCAAACACGGGGGCCGCUGUCUAUCAAAAAGGAGGCCUGGUACCCAAACCUUCGACAAAGCCUUUUAGACUCGGGACUUGAAUUUGAGGAAACUGCAACGAGCUUCGUGGUCUAUAAUGUUACCGACGAGCAAGUUACGCAAAUAAAAGGAAAUGCUUUGGAGAAGGCACCGGCCGCUCCGCCAUUCGAUGGCGGCGAAGACGACAACGAAUCGGGGUCGACUAGUUCGGAUGACGAAUACGAUAUUCUACAUUACUCCUUCAAACCCGACGGCGAAUCCGAAGAUGAAACCCCACCACGUGUGUUAAAUCCUGGGCCCCAUGCCUGGUGGUUCGAUGUCCCGCUGAAGUCGUCAGGAGACGAAAGUUCGCCACUAAAAAAUAUUUUUCAUGGAAUGGAUAUCCCCAAUGGCCCGGGGGACAGUACCUAUCGCCGUGCUUUCACAAUGAAUCGGCAGCAGCCGGAGUCGCAGAAGUCGAUCAAGUGCGUAACCAAGAGAAUUAUCUCUUCAAGACGGUCAAUACGCGCGGAGGUUAAGGAUGAUACAAUCAAGCUUAUAGCAGCUACUGCAAACCCUAGCGGUAGAGAAACGAGUUUAGAUGACCUCAGAUUUCGUUGGAUUCAUUUUCAAAACCCGGUGUUAAACUUAGAGGAGUUUAAGGAACAAGUUGUAAGAAUUCCUGGACUGGAAGAUCACGACUUAAUCAUCCUUUGUGACUUGUUCGAGAAGGUGAAAGAUAAAAUGGAACGGACCUAUAUACAUGGCAAGUACUUAGAAGAAGGGGCCAUUCGAUGUGAUGGGAAAUCGGGGAAAGAAUGCUGCGCGGUUACCUUUAUUGUUAUUCCAACCCUUAAGCUUCAACCCCUCGAGCUUCCGUCGAUAUUGAGAGGCCAACCUAAGGCUUUUCAAAGUGCGGAUCAUGCACCUCGACCACUGAUGCAAACGACGGUAAAUAUGUCGUCUACUCUUGAGGAGGAUAAGAGACAAGCUAGUUUUUCUAGUAAAUUGGUCCCGAAAGAUCAAGCUAUCCAUGUUGUGCAAACGUGGGUGCUUGUAAUAAACGAUAAACUUCUGGUGACCUAUUCGCCUUCGACUUUGGAGGAUAUUGCCGGUCCCAGCAUCGAAAUUGAGGAUGGCAAACAGGAUGACGGUGUUACAAUUCGUGUAGGAACUACUUUUGACGGGGCACAUUACUUCCCAGCUGAGAAAUGUAAAACCUGGUUUGAGUUUCAAGCCGAAUUGAAGAAAGUCAUGCGUCCGUCGAGAUAUGAACACUACAAAGAAAAGGAUGCGGUGAUAACAUGCAAAGAUGGAACAAUUCUAAACUCUCAAAACUGGGCGGCAAAAUUGGGGGAGACUCGAUUGAAGCUUUUCAGAUUGACAUUGGAAUUAAAGCCCAGGAAAAUGAUCUCCGCCCCCUCUUCUAGGUCUCUUGGUCUCCUUCCUGCCCCUCCCCCCCCUCCUCCUUCUGGCGAUGCCUACAGCCUUGUUCCAUACUCAGGGAAACCAUCGCGGAGACCGCGCAUGCCACCGCCACGGAAUAUCCACCGCCAGCCAAGCGACUUAGAUUUUGAAAAAACCCCAGAGAGGAGAGCGGAAGCUGUAAGUACGGGAUCUCGUCGACCAGGGAACAUGCGAUCUAGAUUUUAUGAAAGCGCAACCGUCCCAUCUCGAUCGGAUGGAUCUGAGUACGAGGCGAAGCUUGGGUAUGGAGCCGAGCCAGGGAAUACCUAUCGCCGCCCGCCGACCAGCAAUUACUACGAUCCUCCGGACUCGAUCGAACCGAGAAAUAAUUCGUAUGGCUGGAGUAGUGAUUACGGCCUGUGGAGAGAGGACUCCUUCGUAAGCAACAGAGGACGUCCUCAACCUGCGGUUUUGAACCACCAAAAACGAAGUAGCAGUCCAAAGCCACCGCCCCGCGCCCCGUCACUAGAAUCUAGGGGCCGGCUGGGAACAACGGUCAUUGAAGUUGAUGAUGAGGAUGAUGCUCCAUUGCGGCAUGAUAUCGCGGAUAGCAGUGAGGAUAGUGAAAGCCCUCGAUGGAGACGUCGCCGACGGUUCCCUUUAGCUUUACCUGCGCCGCCAGGGCCGAAUGAAAAAGAGCCUGGUUCAAACACAUCUACAAGGGAUGAAUCGGUCGAACCAGCGGGUUCAAGUCUUGUUAGUAGUAGAGAAUCCUCUACACAACCACCAGCAAGAGUGCCAAAACAAGAGCCUAUCUAUGUCACCGAGUAUUCUGAGACGUUAUCAGUAUCCUCAGAGUCCGAUUCUGAAGAAGAAGAGGAAGAAGGGGAGUUAUCGCAAGAUGUGCCUAGGCCCCGGUCUCUAGCCUUACCACAGGCAACCCAUCAGUCUACGACGCUAAGUAGCGGUUAUCGUGGCCGGGAGAGUUCGGGUGGUAUGUCAGAGCCUAGGGGCUUUCGGCCCACCGAUGAAUCCGCUGAGGGUGACGAUAUUCAUGAGCAGAAGCUUAAGGGCUAUGAAGCUGGAGAAAUAGAGUUACGGAAAAAAAACUUGGCGAGAGCGGGGCGUCGAGUUACAUUUGCAUCAUCUCUACCCAGCCAACCAAGUUUCCGCUCGGAUUAUGAUACCUCUGGAGGCCUAUCAGAUGCAGUAUCGAGUGAUAUAUGGAAGCCGGAAAAUAGGUCUGGUAGGCAGUAUUCGCCAGUCAGGCAGUCUUCAACCUUAUAUUCUCGGGAAGCGCCGACCGCAUCUAAACACGAGACAGCAGAAACAACAAAACCGCAGGAUCACGAUUCCAUCUUCUUUUAUUUACCAAGCGAGCGGCCAACGGAGAAGGCGAAAGAAAAAGAGAUAACAGAUCAAAAGCAAACUACCCCAGAGCUACCGAAGGUGCUUCCGGUGUUCCAAUGGCUAACAAAAGCAUCCGCCGAAAACAAGCUUAUCGAGAGGCAAUUUCUUUCUCGAAAGAGGUCGGCUUCGAGGGGAUCCCGGAACAGCAAUACCCUCAAGAAAAACCCCCCAACAGAAGUCGAAGCGAGCGACGAAAGCUAUAGCAUACUCAAAAAUAUCUUGAACGAACUACACCGGAGACUCGAAACCACACCCGAACCCGUGCGCAGUGUGUAUCUCUCAUGUGACUCGAGUGAUUCUAUUGAGGUCGAGAAAACCAUAAUGGACAUUGAAAAUACCACUCUUUUAUUAACGGAUUCUCCCGAAAAAAGUAAAACUUUGGACCUGAUUACUGAGCGGAAGAAAAUACUGGGUGUAUGCCGAAAAAUAAUAUCUUUCUUUAUCCCGUUGAAUUGGAAGGAGGGUCAAGUGGUUGAGCGUCUUUGGUAUAGCAUUCUGCAGCUAGUAACAGUUGGGAUUAAUGAUAAUCUAGUGUCAGGUUCAGAUGGGACUUCUGGGCUUCCUUCAGAUAUACUUCUCAAGUUAGAAGGCAUCAAUCGCCAUAUCCAAGUCAUCGUGGCUGGUGUAGCAGGGGAUAAUAUAGAGAACCCAAGUUUUAGAAUCCCGUCUGCUCUGUUUGAAGCCUUCUUGCAAUUUACGGAGGCAAUGCUUUUCGCCGCUGUGGUAGUUAUACUGCCCAAGAACAACGGCUUAUCCUCGAGUUCUAAGAAGGACUACGAGGUAGCUACCGUCCGUAGAAAGGUCGACAAAAGGCUCAGUACUUGCAAAUCAAGAUUAAGGGAAGGUAAAUUCCAACUUAUGUGUAUGAUCUUAACGGGUCGAACGAAGGAUCAGAUGAAAUAUGAAGAGGCUUGUACCGAAACUGUUGUGUCUUUCAUUCUGCGGAGUUUGAUAUGCCUGCCUAUCACAAAAGUCGAAGGGGCAUCAACUCCAAUGGGCAUAUAUCGUGAGAGGUUAAUGAAUAUAGAUACUGAGGCUAAAUAUCGGCCGCAACAAAGAAUCCUUCAGGAUAUACUCUAUCUCGGUGCGGAGGUUGGCGCUUUCGAUAAGGUGCGGAUAAUCCAAUCGAGGGUACUUUGGGCGGCAGACACGCUUCUACAUCCAAAAGGGUCCCUAGAUAUGAAAGAACCUCGAUCACGAGACUCUCUUAUCUAUAGCCCUCCUCGCGGCAAAAUGGGAGGAGGUGUAGAGUAUUUCUUCAGUCAAGAGGAAGACCAUGUGAAGGACUACCUCAAGAGAGCAAACAAUCUUUACGACUCCGUCGAAGAAGCCCUUAGUCUGAAGGAAGAAGACAAUGGAAAGGCAAUCAUGGUAUUCACAAUUGUGACGACCGUGUUUUUGCCUCUUAACUUUGUCACCAGUUUCUUCGGAAUGAACACGACAGAUAUUCGGGAUAUAGACCGCGACCAAAAGAUUUUCUGGACGACAGCUAUUCCAGUUACAAUUGCCGUCCUUGGGUUUGCCCUAUGCUGGGCUUAUUUCGGCGACGCAAUUCAAGACCGAAUAUUCGGUCCAUAUUCCCGUCUCGGUAAACUAUUCAAAGGAAAACUAAAUAGCCGCCGUACACAGCAGGUGCCUAAAGUAAUAGUUGAGGGGGAUGAGGAUGAAGAUGAAAAAUAUGAUCCAGCACCUAAGUAUGUACGCGAUGAGUAUGAGACGAACACACAUGAUCAUAGGCAACAAGCGCCGGCUCCAUACAGUAGCCACAGCCACCACCACCACGACCGUGUAGACCCUCCCAAUUACUACGACCACGAUAGUACUGGGGGUAGAGAAGGGGGACAUAGUCAACCUCAGGGUUUUGGUCAGAAUUAUGGAGUACCUAGGUCUAGAGCUUAUGCCUCAGGGUAUCCUGCGGCUUCUAGGCCGCCCUAUGGAAGUAGAACAAGGUCAAGUGGUUAUGAGGGCUCGAUUAAUAAUGAAGAGGCGACGCGAUAUAGAGGUCGACCUCAAACCUCAUCUUCGGGGUAUUAA